AUGGUCUUCUUUUGGCAGUCCCCAUCUCCCUUUUCACAGUGGACACCGUCGACUUUUGUGUUCGAUGGAGUGGUAUACUCGUGUGCUGAGCGGUUUUUCGCUGCGACAAAAGCUCGUCUUGUCGAAGACCAUAGCGCUUUGCAGAACAUCAUGCGAGUGUCCGAGCCUGCCUUACACAAGAAGUUUGGUCGCGGUGUCCGUGGCUUCGACCCAUCCCUGUGGGAACACGAGCGCGAAAAUACUGUGCUCACUGGCUCUUACGCAAAAUUUAGUCAAAACUCCGAGUUGCGCGAUCAUCUUCUCGGAUCUGGCGACAAAAUCCUUGCCGAAGCCAGUCCCUACGACUGUAUUUGGGGCAUUGGCCUUCAAGCCGAUGAUCCUGAGGCCCAAUACACCUCUCGGUGGCGCGGUCUCAAUUUGUUAGGCAACGCCCUUCAACUAGUACGCAGUCUUUUGCGAUGCAAUGCCCCGCCGCCCGAGCGCAGCUCUCGUUUGCUGUCUCCCAGUGAUCACGUUUCGACGCCAUCUCAACAUGACGCGGUCGAUGAAAUGGGGACUACCAACUUCGCUAUGCUGGGGAACAUUCCGUCCAACUUCACCCCGAACAUGGCCUUGUUCCGUGCACCCGUCACGUCUCGUCCAUACCGCGUUAACCCCCCGGUUGCGAAACAAGUUGACGCGAUCCUUGAUCAAUAUCUUGCGGCUGGUCUGAUCCAACAUUCGACCUCGCCCUACUCGAGUCCUUUGGUGGUCAUACCGAAGAAAUCUGGUGGUGUUCGCAUCACUGUCAAUUAUCGAAAGCUCAAUAAGCUUUGUGCUUUGAGCCAGCUUCCGAUUCCUCGAGUUGAUGAUACGUUGGACAAGUUGUUGAAAGGGCGAAUUUAUUCCCCUUUUGACAGGAAGUCUUCGUUCCACCAAAUCACGGUUGUCAACGAAGUCAUCAAAGAUCUCCACGGUGUUGCAUCGUAUUUGGAUGAUUUGAUCGUUUUCGACAACCCUGCGUCUCAUGUUGAUACCAUGCGCGCUCUGUUUGAACGUUUGCGCACACACAACUUGAGACUCACCCCACCGAAGGCCACCAUUGCCGCUACAGAAGCGGACUUCCUCGGCCACACCAUCUCUCCCGACGGUGUUCGGCCUAACGGGGCCAAGCCGGACGGCUCCAUCCUACCAAUCAUCUUCAUCAGCCGAGCUACUUUGGACUCCGUGUGUCAUUGGACUCCCCUCAACCUCGAGGCGGGUAGCAUCGUGUGGUCCAUCAAACGACUUCGCGGUUAUCUGUGGGGUACAAAAUUUCGCAUUUUUACCGACCGCAAGUCUCUUGAGCAUUUUGCCAAGGUGAGGGAGAACAAUGCCCGCGUUCAGCGUUGGCUCGAAUUUCUUACCGCUUACAAUUACACUCUCAAGUACCGCAAGGGUUCAGCAAAUUGCAACGCUGAUUUCCUCUCUCGCCUUCCGAUCGAUGAGGCGGAAUGUGACCGAUCUGGCCGCAGUCAACUGACACCGGAUGACGAUGAUGAGGGCGUAUUCUUCAUCCGUUCUUGUGGCCUUAUGCCUUCCGGCCAUCGCGCCGUGGGUGUUGGCUUGGGUGGGCUCGUCCCCACUUCCCCGACUUCGGUCUUGGGUGGGCUGGCCCCCAUUACAGAUGAUUUCAUCGACUUCCGUCGGCAUGGUCCACGUCUCUCGCCGUCAGGCCUUUCGUUUUCACCUGGCAUCUGGAACAUCGCACCCUGGCCGUCCAAGAAGCUCCGCGCGUUGCCUCCUCCACGACUGCGUAAGCGGGCCCUAGUUUGGUCUGGCUCUCUGCACUCUUCGGUGGAGGAUGUUAUGGCUCUCGCACCCGAGUCUCCGCCGGUCGUCUCGCCGACCGCCACAUCACGAAGGACUCUCGACCCUGCUCAAACGCCUCGAUGGCCUACUCUGUGCCUUCCGCUGCCUUCGGGCCCUGGUGUGUCGGUGAGCGUCGAUUACUUCGGCCCCCUCCCGUUGACCCCGCGCGGAAACACAUAUAUUCUGCUCUUCACUGAUCGUUUCAGCCGCCGUGCUGAUAUGUACGCGGUUACGGCUGCAGAAUUCACCGCCGAAGGCACCGCUGAUGUACUUGUCAAUCAGUAUAUCCCUUUGUGGGGUUGCCCUUUGAGUCUCUUGUCCGAUAAUGGCUCUCAGUUUUGCUCUAAACUGUCGCAGGCUGUGUACGCCCGUCUGGCUAUUCGCAAAGUGGCUACUAGCUCUUACCAUCCCAAUGGAAAUGGGGGUGUGGAGCGAGUCAACCACACUAUGGCUCAGAUGUUGGCUAUGGUCGUCAAUGAGAGGCAAGAUGAUUGGGACAUCCAUUUGCCGCACGUUGAGUUCGCCUACAACAAUUCGGUUAGUGCCGCUACUGGUUUGGCACCCAACGAAGUGCAUAUCAACCGGCUGCCGCGCAUGCCGAUGACGGUUUUUGAGCAUCCAUAUGCUCGAGGCCACCGAAGCUUGCAUCGCGACCAACUCGAGUAUUGCUAUCUUGCUGCUGAUUGCCAACGUCGUUCUUACGAUUUAGUUCGUGAACAGCACAACCUGUCCGUUUCGCGGAUCGAACGGCGUAACUCCGCUCUAUCGGAUGCUUUGCGCAAGGUUCCUUCCUACACCGUCGGUGGAUGGGUUUGGGUGUACAACACCGAAUCUACCAUUCGCCAAGGUGUUCGUUCCGGCACGGAUGACAAGGUUCUCAAGGCAAAGUUGUCUUUCCUCUGGACUGGUCCAUUCAAGAUCUUGGCUGUGGGCGCCUUCUUCUAG